GGGUGACGCGGCGGUUGGGGGGCGGGGCGGGAGCUGGCGGGCGGCGCGCGCGGGAAAGCGGCCGGAUUUGGAACGUUGGCCCGGGCAGCGUCAUUGUUCGCCGAACGUUGAUACAUUCGAGUCCCGGGGAUCCAGCCGCGCGGCGUCUGCAGCCCAGGGUAUUGAUACUUGAUGUUGGUGUUUGCCCCCUCGAGUCUAAUUGGGUAAUUGAUUGGAGAAGAUCACAGCCGUGUUUGAUAUUCUGACCUAAGAUCCUCCCAGUGCCGGGUGUCCUGAGGUUGUGAAACAAGCAAAACUGAAAAAGGCCAAGCGCCAUGAAGUUUGUCACGUGUGAAAUAGCAUGGCAUAACAAAGAACCCGUGUACAGUGUCGACUUCCAGCACGGACCACAUGGCAGAAUUGAUCGAUUGGCCUCCGCAGGGGUAGACACCGCAGUCCGGAUAUGGAAGGCUGACAAAGACCCAGAUGGCAAAGCAGUCAUAGAUUUUUUAUCAAAUCUAAUACGUCACACAAAGGCAGUGAAUGUUGUACGCUUCUCCCCUAACGGUGAAAUUCUUGCAUCAGGAGGCGAUGAUGCACUAAUAUUCCUGUGGAAACUGAAUGACAACAAGGACAUCAAAGAACCGGAACAAAACCUAUUUGAGGAGGAUGCUCAGCUAAAUAAGGAGAACUGGACAGUACACAAAACGUUAAGAGGGCACAUAGAGGACGUGUACGAUAUCUGCUGGACAACUGAUGGGAACCACAUGGUGUCUGGGUCUGUUGAUAACACUGCCAUUAUGUGGGAUGUUAUUAAAGGGAUAAAGCUGUCAAUCUUUAAUGAACACAAGAGCUAUGUGCAAGGUGUCACAUGGGAUCCCUUGGGACAGUACAUUGCUACACUUAGCUGUGACCGGGUUAUGCGAGUGUAUAACACACAGACCAGUGUAGGAAGUAGGCGAGUAGCCUUCAAUGUAAGCAAGAUGUCAGCUGGUAGUGAUGGAGAGACCAAGAGUUAUCGGAUGUUUCAUGAUGAUGGCAUGAAGUCAUUCUUCCGCCGACUCACCUUCACACCAGAUGGCUCCUUGCUCCUCACCCCAGCUGGCUGCGUUGAAGCAGGAGAAAACGUUACCAACACAACAUACGUCUUUUCCCGGAAAAAUCUGAAGCGGCCCAUUGCCCACCUACCUUGCCCGGCUAAGGCUACUCUGGCUGUUCGAUGCUGCCCGAUAUUCUUUGAGCUAAGGCAACCUAAAUCAGGAGAUGAAUCGACUAAGAAAAUGAACAUGUUGAAUCUGCCGUACCGAUUGGUGUUUGCUGUAGCUUCUGAAGAUUCUGUACUCUUGUAUGACACACAGCAGUCGAUACCCUUUGGUUAUAUCUCAAACAUCCAUUAUCACACCCUGAGUGAUAUAACAUGGUCAAGGGAUGGGACCUACCUCACCAUAUCGUCCACAGACGGGUACUGCUCCUUUGUCACGUUCGAGAAGGGUGAGUUGGGUGUGCCUCUCAAAGAAAAGCCGGUGCUGCCCAUGCAGACCCCCAGCACCGCAGAGAAGAAAGUGAAGAAGGGGCAAGCAAACAAAAUGACCCCUACAACCCCAAAGCAGCCAGAGUGCAGCACACCCAGCAGGGACGUGGAACAAAAUGACUCUGGAGCCCCGUCUCGGCUGAAGAUGCCCAGUGCAGCUGCAAAAGUAUCUCCCACUACUUCCCUCACUUCCAAAACGUCCCCGACCUCUUUGGACACAAGAUCUCCUCAGUCUGCGACUCAAGGCAACAAGUCCAGGAGGAUCACUUUAAACACCUUGGAGGCCUGGAGCAAACCAAGCAACACCUUGGUGCCCAGGCGAAUCUCACUUACCCCUGUGAACCCCAGCUCCUCCCAGCUGACAGCGACACCAACAGUAACCCAAGCAGAACAUGGGAGGCCUUCUCCAUCAAGCGAUCCCUCAUGCAAGUCUCCAGAUGCAAAACGCUCCAGAACCGAGGACAAUCCUGAUCUCAGUCCCACCACUUUGGAUCAUGUGAACAUGGAUGGUGACAGUGAAAAGAUCAGUGCACAAUCAGGGAGCAAGUGAACGAUGCUCUGAAAUUUUUUUAAAACAUGUAUUUUUAUAAAACUCUGUAAUCUGAUCUAUUUGGCUGUGAUGUUUCAAUGUACAUAACAAGCAGGAAACUGCAGAUAAAGUACCAUUAAUUUUCUGGAUACUUUUGCUGUAGCUUUAAGUAUAUCAUACUGUCCUUUCAGUGUUACUGGUAUUUGCCUGUCUCUGAAUGUGAAUAGUCCAGUUUUAGUUAUUAAUCACUGUACAAAGUAUUAAUUAUGUCUUAAAAAAAUUAAAAUCUCUUUUCUGUUUGU